AUGGAUCUUCAAAAGAAGCCUGCUCUUCUCCUUCAUCUGCGUGACCUCAUUUUGGCACAAAAGACAGGGUCAUUACUUGUACGUGACCUUGAAAAGGAGGUUGGCUUUGUCCAAAAAUGGAACUUUGUUUCACUUAUUGAGCGCCACCCCAAUAUCUUCCAUGUCUCUGGUGGAAGUGCUUCCCGAGAGCCCAUUUCUGUCACACUUACGGAGAAGGCCAGAAAGAUAUCCAGUGAAGAGGCUGAAGCGCGAGAGCUAAUGGAGCCAAUCUUGGUGAGAAACCUUAGGAAGUUACUGAUGAUGUCGAUGGACUGCCAGAUUCCUCUGGAGAAGAUUGAACUAAUCCAGUCUGAACUGGGCUUACCUAAGAACUUCAAGAGCAACUUGAUUCCAAGGUACCCUGAUUUUUUCUCAAUCCGUGAUGUGAAGGGACUGGACCAUUUGUGUCUGGAGAAUUGGGACUCUUCACUAGCAGUCACAAUACGAGAAGAAAAAAUGAAUUUUGAGGGUUCCCAGAUAGGCCGUAGAGGGAUUCCUAAAGAUGGAAAUUUCUUGGGUCCUUUUGCUUUCAAGUUGAAGUAUCCAGCAGGAUUUAGGCCAAACCGGAAGUACCUUGAGGAGGUUGUCAGGUGGCAGAAGAUGGCAUUUCCUUCACCUUAUUUGAAUGCUAGGCGAGUCGAGUCUGCAACACCACAGGCUCGAAAGCGUGCCAUUGCUGUUCUGCAUGAGAUUUUGAGCCUGACAAUGGAGAGGCGAUUGACAUCUGAUAAGCUAGAUAUAUUUCACAACGAGUACAGGCUUCCAUGCAAAUUACUUCUUUGUUUGGUGAAAAGUCAUGGCAUCUUCUACAUCACUAACAAGGGAGCAAGAAGCACAGUCUUCCUCAAGGAGGCUUAUGAAAAUAGUAACCUUAUUGAUAAGUGUCCUUUACUGAAAUUCCAUGAUCGGUUUGCAUCUUUGAUUGGCCGACCGUGCUCCAACUCAGACAACAUGCUGGCUGUAUAA